AUGAAGAAGCAUCAUUUCUCAAAUCAUAUCAUCAAACUUACAACAAGCCUUCUUUACAUACUUAUUAUAGUGCUUACAUUAAAUGAUCACCAAUCAGAAUGUACUGCUACUACUACAACAACAUCCAAUGAAGAUGGAUUAUUAAAAACAGUUAAACUAAAGCAUAUUUUUCAUCAUGGCUCUACUCGUUUUCCUAAUCUUAUUAAACGCAAAGAUUUUAGUGACUUUGAAAUUUUAGCAAAAGAACAAAGUAGUGGUAUUCCUUUUACUCACACAAUCAGAGCUAUCAAUGAAACUAGUGUUAGACCUACAAAACAAAAUGCUAUUAAUGAAUUUCGUUUACGUUCACAAAACGAAGGAAUUUCGACCAUUAUUGAUUGGGAUGAAGAAAUUAAACUUGUGCCAGAUAUUAAAGAUUAUAGAACAUUGAUUAAUUUGGCAAAAAUGACUUAUAAUGCUUACUUGAUUGAUAAUGAUGCCAUUGAUUGGUAUGAUAUAGGCAAAGAAUAUCCUAAGAAUCAAUCAUUUGGAUGGGAAGAAGAUGGUGUUCGUGGCCAUGUAUUUACUAGUCAAAAUAAUGAGUUAGUAAUAAUAGCGAUAAAAGGAACCAGUAUGGAAUUAAAUGGACCAACUACUAAACGUGACAAAAUUAAUGAUAACUUAUUAUUUUCAUGUUGUUGUGCCAAAGUUGAUCGUACCUGGUCUGGUGUAUGUGAUUGUCAUCGUGGCAAUUACAAUUGUGAUAUUGACUGUUUACAAGAGAGUGUUGAUAAAGAAUCGGAUGAAUCAUUAUAUUACAAAGUUGUUUUGAAUCUUUUUGAUAAUAUGGCUUCUGAAUUUCAAGAUUCAAAAGUAUGGUUAAUUGGCCAUUCUCUUGGUGGAUCCUUGGCCUCAUUACUAGGAUUAACUCAUGGCUUGCCAGUGGUUGCAUAUGAGGCACCUGGGGAAAGACGAGCUGCAAAAAAAUUACAUUUACCGGGACCUCCAGCUGUACCAUAUGAACUAUUACCUAUUUGGCAUAUUGGUCAAACUGCUGAUCCUAUUUACAUGGGUCUUUGUAAUGGGAUUACAAGUUGGUGCUAUCUUGGUGGAUAUGCAAUGGAAACAAAAUGUCAUGUUGGAAAAGCAUGUGUAUUUGAUGUAGUUGAGAAAUUAAAAUGGGGUGUAAGUUUAAAAACACACAGCAUCAAAGAAGUGAUUGAAAAAAUUUUAACUCUUUGGAAUGUGACUUAUAACUUUGCAUUGCCAGAAUGUAAACAUGAACAUGAAUGUGAAGAUUGUGGACUUUGGAAUUAUAGUUAA